CCUCCACCGACAACCCUCAGCCUUGCAGCUCUCAGUACGUAAGUCAACCACCAGGCUUCCAAAGUCAAGUCGACGGGAGCAUCGGCAACCGGUGUCGCCCUCUCGAUACCAGCUCGAAGAACGGCCGAAUGCGACGGACCUAGGCGACAAGGCGAGGCAGUCAGGGCGCCAUGAAUUCCCACUCGCGAUCCGCCUCAGUUUCAUCCAUCAACAUCGUCAAGCCCCAGCAGUCGUCGCGGCGCCCUUCCGUCAGCUCCCGACUGUCCUUUGCCGUGUCGACCGCCGAGCGCGGCGAGGGCGAGGGCCACCACAAUGGCUCGGGCAUUGCUGCGCAGCACCAGAUCGAGGAGGAGAUAGCCAAGAUCAAGCGCUACGAGGACUUCACCACCAUCGACUGGGUCCAGGAUGCUGCGCGCGAGCAGCUGCGCCGAAAGUCGAGACGGAAACGCAACGCCGGCCUCUUCGACACGGGCCGCCGCGACUGGAGACAUAGGAUAUGGGAGUCGUAUGACGCUGCCCAGGGCUGGAUCGUCGUCACCAUCAUCGGCGCCGCCAUCGGCCUCAAUGCUGCCUUUCUCAACAUUGUCACCGAAUGGCUGGCCGACAUCAAGCUCGGCCACUGCACCACCGGAUUCUACCUCAACGAGAACUUCUGCUGCUGGGGGGAGGACAAUGGCUGUAAGGAUUGGCAUCGGUGGACAGGCCUUGAGCCUGUGAACUACCUCCUUUACAUUUUCUACGCGAUCGCCUUUGCCUUUGCAUCCGCCACCCUCGUCAAGUCGUAUGCCCCUUACGCCGCUGGUUCGGGCAUUUCAGAGAUCAAGUGCAUUAUCGCCGGCUUUGUCAUGAAGGGCUUUCUUGGCCCCUGGACCCUGUUCAUCAAGUCCGUCGCCUUGCCGCUUGCCAUUGGCUCCGGCCUUUCGGUUGGAAAAGAAGGCCCCAGCGUGCAUUAUGCCGUCUGCACCGGGAAUGUCAUCUCGAAGCUGUUUGACAAGUACCGGCGGAAUGCAUCUAAGACGCGCGAAAUCCUGAGCGCCUGCGCCGCCGCCGGCGUAGCCGUCGCCUUCGGCAGCCCUAUUGGCGGCGUCCUGUUCUCUCUCGAGGAGAUGUCGAGCCACUUCCCCCUCAAGACCAUGUGGCGCAGCUACUUCUGCGCUUUAGUGGCAACCGCUGUCCUAGCUGCCAUGAAUCCUUUCCGGACAGGCCAGUUGGUCAUGUUCCAGGUCAAAUAUGACCGUUCGUGGCACUUCUUUGAAGUUGUCUUUUAUAUAAUCAUUGGCAUCUUCGGCGGCUUGUAUGGCGCCUUUGUCAUGAAGUGGAAUCUCAAGGCGCAGGCCUUCCGCAAGAAGUACCUGUCUGAUUACGCGAUUCUCGAGGCGACCCUGCUGGCUGCAGCAACAGCCAUCGUGUGUUAUCCCAACGCUUUUUUGAGGAUCGAUAUGACUGAGAGCAUGGAGAUCCUCUUCCUCGAGUGUGAAGGUGCCGAGGACUACCAUGGCCUCUGCGAGCAAGAUCAUCGCCUCCGUAACAUCCUCUCCCUCGUCCUGGCGACCGUUAUCCGCGUCUUCUUCGUCAUCAUCUCAUAUGGGUGCAAGGUACCCGCCGGCAUAUUUGUACCCUCGAUGGCCGUUGGGGCAUCGUUUGGGCGGACUGUUGGCAUUAUCGUCCAAGCCCUUCACGAGGCGAAUCCUCAAAGCGUGUUCUUUGCUUCCUGCCAGCCUGAUGUUCCUUGCAUCACGCCAGGGACAUACGCCUUUCUUGGUGCUGCCGCCGCGCUGAGCGGCAUCAUGCACAUCACAGUCUCCGUCGUCGUCAUAAUGUUUGAGCUGACUGGCGCCCUCACGUAUAUUCUGCCGACAAUGAUCGUGGUUGGUGUCACCAAGGCUGUCAGCGAGCUGUUCGGCAAGGGGGGGAUUGCUGAUCGCAUGAUUUGGUUCAGCGGCUUCCCAUUCCUGGAUAACAAAGAGGACCACAACUUUGGCGUCCCCGUCUCCCAGGUUAUGAUUACGGAUGUCGUGUCAAUUCCGACCACCGGCAUGACGUUGAAAGCCGUCGAGCGCCUCCUUUCUAACGACAGCUACCAAGGCUUCCCCAUCGUGGAGGACGAAGUCUCCAAAAUAUUAGUGGGGUACAUUGGUCGCACUGAGUUGCGGUAUGCCGUCGACCGAAUGAAGCGCGAACGGUCAAUGAGCCCGCUCGCCAAGUGCACCUUUGCGCACCUGCCCACAGAUGCCACCACACCAAUACACCGGGUGACGUUUGAGUCUUGGGCAUCUGGAACCAUAGACUUUAGCCCAUACGUCGACACCACGCCGGUCUCGGUUCACCCGCGGCUCCCGCUUGAGACGGUCAUGGAACUCUUCCGCAAGAUCGGGCCCCGCGUCAUCCUCAUCGAGUAUCGCGGGCAGCUAGCCGGCCUGGUGACAGUCAAGGAUUGCCUCAAGUACCAGUUCAAGGUUGAGGCGGCGGAAAACCCGCGUGGCGAUGCCCAUCCCGAAGAAGAAGGUCAGGAGCGGCUCUGGGGGCUGAUCAGUCGGGUCGCCGGCUGGGUCUCAGACAAGGUGUCGACCGCGUCAGGAGGGAGGAUCCAACUGCGGGACUCUCUUGAUGAGAGGCGAGGUGGAGGCGGCGGCAGAUCAGGUCUAAUCCUAGAUGGGACGGAAGAGUUGAUAGAUGACGAAGGUGUAGAGUUGGAGAACCGGUGAUGUUUUGUUUGGCAUUUAGCACAUCGUAUGUUUUCUUAGGUAGAAGCAGAAUCAAGCGUUUUAUUUAUGUGUCA